AGGAGGUCCCUGCCGCGGCCGCCCAGGGGACGCCCCGCCUUGCCUUGCCUUGCCUUGCCUCGCCUCCCUGGCGGAGAGAAAGGAUGAGAGAGCCGCCGAGCUGCCUGCCUGCUUGACCCCCUGACCGCCCGUGCUGGCUCUCCGCGCUUCUACUCCUCCACAUCCGGCUGGAAAGCAGCGGAGAGAUUUUCCUCAAGUUAAAGAAGUUUGAAAGUGGAACGAUGCUGGUCGCUAGGUCAUCUGAAGAUAAAUGACAUAACAUUUGCCUCAACACUUCUGGAGAAGAUGGACUUUUAGAUAUUCAAGGAAGGGCACAGAUCUCACCAUGGCAGCCCAGCGGAUUCGCUCUGCUAAUGCCAGUGGUCUCCCACGGUGCAAGUCUGAGGGGACUCUGAUCGAUCUGACUGAAGACUUUCCAGAAACAAGCUUCGGUUCUGUCAAAGUGCCUUCUCCUAGUGCCUUGAUGGUAGACAAUCCUACAUCAUUUGGAAAUGCAAAGGAAGUUGUUGCGAUAAAGGACUAUUGCCCAAACAACUUCACCACCUUAAAAUUCUCCAAGGGGGACCACCUUUAUGUCUUAGAUACCUCAGGAGGUGAGUGGUGGUAUGCUCACAACACCACAGAGAUGGGCUACAUCCCAUCCUCCUAUGUCCAGCCUAUCAAUUACCGGAACUCUUCAUUGACGGACAGUGGGAUGAUAGACAAUCUGCUAGAAAACUCCGAUGAAGGAGCCAAAGAACUCGAUCUCCUCGGAGACUGGACUGAAGCACAGUGGAGCUUAGCCAAAAACAACCCUUUCUUGAAUAACCGGCAGACUAACCCUUUUCUCAAUGGUAAUGUGCAGAUAAUUAUGGACAGAGAAAAAGAAUCGUCCCUUCAUGCUCCAGUGGAUUUGUUGCUCUUUGACACAGAGGUGCCUACAUUUACGGGGUCGAGCUCUGCAACAAACAGCAGCGUUGGGAAUCAUCUCGAUGAGAUUCCAUCAAUGAAUGGAUUUCAGUUUGACCAACCAAGCAGACGGGACAAUCCUUUUUUCAGAAGCAAGCGCUCAUACAGUUUAUCGGAGCUUUCGGUGCUUCAAGCAAAGUCAGAAAAUCCAAUGCCCUCAGGUUUAUUCUCUGGGCUGAAGUCUCCUACCCCAGAGCAGUUCCAGAGCAGAGAAGACUUCAGAACUGCAUGGCUGAACCAUCGAAAGCUAGCAAGAUCAUGCCAUGAUUUGGAUCUGCUGGGCCAGAACCCUGGUUGGGGUCAGACACAACCUGUAGAGACCAACAUAGUUUGCAAGCUGGAUAGCUCUGGAGGUGCAGUCCAGCUCCCAGAUACAAAUAUAAACAUUCGUAUUCCAGAAGGCCAUGUGGCUGCUGGAGAGACGCAACAGAUCUCUAUGAAGGCUCUGCUGGAUCCACCUUUGGAGCUCAACAGUGAUAGGUGCAGCACUAUAAGCCCUGUGCUAGAAAUUAAGCUGAGCAACAUGGAGAUUCAAACCUCUAUCCUGCUAGAGAUGAAGAUUUCAGCUGAAGUGAAGAAUGACAUUGUUAGUAAGAGUUUAGUGGGGAUACAGUGUCUGCGAAGUGACAUGAAGGAAGGCCCAUAUACACCAGUGCAAAUCAAACAGUGCUAUGGAGAUACAAUCCAGGUCCAGUUGGAGAACCUAGAGCCUUGCAUGUACAUUGCAGCUGUGGCCCAAGGACAGAAUAUUUUGUAUCCUUACACAGUUUGGGAUCAUAUCCUUAAAAAGAUCACUGUGGGUGUCUAUGGUCCAAAACAUAUCCAUCCUUCUUUUAAAACAGUGGUAGCUAUCUUUGGACAUGAUUGUGCUCCAAAGACUCUGCUCGUGAAUGAAGUUACGCGCCAAGUACACUGUGUCGCGCCUGUGGCACUGCAGUUGUGGGGUAAGCACCAGUUCACCUUAGGGAGGCCACAAGACCUAAAGCUUUGCAUGUAUUCAAACAUGACAAAUUAUGAGGUGAGAGCAAGUGAGCAGGCAAAAAUAGUGAGAGGCUUUCAAAUGAAGCUGGGGAAAGUCAGCCGCCUCAUCUUUCCCAUCAUAUCCCAUGAUCCCAAUGAGCUGUCUGACUUCACACUGAGAAUACAGAUCAAGGAUGAUAAGGAUGCCAUCCUGACUCAGUUCUGUGUCCAAACACCCCAGCCUCCUCCCAAAAGUGCUGUGAGGUCCACUGGACAGAGAAGGUUCCUGAAGAAAAAGGAAGUCGGCAAGAUCAUCUUGUCCCCUCUUGCAACUACCAGCAAAUAUCCAGUUUUCCAGGAUCGGAUGGUGGGGAGCUUAAAAUACGGCAAACUGCUGAAAACAGUGGUGAGGCAAAACAAGAACCAUUACCUUUUGGAGUAUAAGAAGGGAGAUGCCAUAGCCUUGCUAAGUGAGGAGAAAAUCAAGUUGAAAGGCCAGCUCUGGACAAAAGAAUGGUACAUUGGAUACUAUCAGGGUAAAAUUGGCCUGGUCCAUACCAAAAACGUUUUAGUUGUUGGGAAAGUCAAGCCAAAUUAUUUCUCUGGACCUGAACUUACCACUAGCAUGUUGCUGGAGCAAAUCCUGAGGCCUUGCAAAUUCCUCACCUAUAUCUAUGCGUCAGUAAGGACUUUGCUCAUGGAAAACAUUAGCAGCUGGCGGGCGUUUGCAGAUGCCCUGGGGUAUGGCAACUUGCCACUUGCUUUCUUCUGUCGAGCAGAGUUGGACAGUGAACCGGAAUGUGUGGCUUCUGUGCUGGAGAAAUUGAAAGAAGACUGCAAUAAUUCAGAUAAUAAGGAUAGGAAAUCUUUCCAGAAGGAACUGAUGUCAGCCUUACUGAAAAUGGACUGCCAGGGCUUGGUUAUCAGGCUCAUUCAGGAUUUUGUGCUUUUGACUACGGCUGUGGAGGUGGCCCAGCGCUGGAGAGAGCUUGCAGAGAAAUUGGCCAAGGUCUCCAAGCAACAAAUGGAUGCCUAUGAAGCUCCCCAUCGGGACAAGAAUGGAGCUGUAGAUAGCGAGGCCAUGUGGAAACCAGCAUAUGACUUCAUGCUAACAUGGAGCAAUCAGAUGGGAGACAGUUAUCGUGAUGUUACCCAAGAACUCCAUAUUGGUCUUGACAAGAUGAAGAGUCCUAUCACAAAACGCUGGAAGCAUCUCACAGGAACCCUAAUUUUAGUGAAUUGCUUGGAUAUACUACGGGCCGCUGCCUUCAGUCCACGAGAAGAACAUGAUGAUUAUGCCAUCUGAUUAUGAGAAUAACUUCCUCAGAACUUGUUCCUGUUUGUUUUUAUGCUUUUAAUUAAUUGUGGGAGAAAGGGAGAGCAGUUCUGACAUGCCAAAGUUUUGAGCAAUGAUUCCUUGGGCCACGAGCGCAAACUCCUUAUACUUGCCUCUCCUUUUCACAGAUGACACCCGAGACAGUAUUCUGUGCACAGUGUGGUUGACAGCUUUUCUUACUUUGUGACAUUUAAAGUUGAACUUCUUAAAGGCAUUUCCAAAAAUGAUGUUGGAUUGGAAAUAUGAAAUCACUUUAAGGGAAAAGUUCCUCUUUCGAUGUAACAUAACAAUUGUUUUUGUUCCUCUAAUCACUUUGAAUCAUCAGUAUGUAUUAAAAUGAAGCACAGUCUGACAUCUCCUUACAAGGAUUUGGAUUUGUAAUGUGUGACUCAGAGCUGUUUAUAUGUAAACUCUACUGCCCCUUGUGAUCCUUUCAGUGUUAGUAACUACUGGUUUUCACCACUAUUUACUUUUAUGGAUACAAUUUUUGUAAAGGAGGAAAGUGCACACUUUUUUCAACUUAGCUUACUUUUAUAAUCAAAAUUUAGCACAAGAUGUUACACCAGUGGAAAAGGUGUGCUUCACGUCCGUCUGUUUCAGAUCCAGAAAAAAAAAGAAAGUCUAAGGUUAUAGGACUUUCCCAUCCUCGCCCAUAUUUAAGAGAAAUGCAUUUCAGUGUGUGCCAUUAUGUGGGAAAACAUUUCACUUCACUUAACAUUUCAGUUCAUAUCAGCAGUUCUUUGGUCAUCUUCAGUGAUCUACAUUUUAGGGAUAUACUUUAAAAUAUGGCAAGUGGGUGUUUCAUGGGUGGUUCUUAACUGUGCCAUCAUUAAGUUGAUGUUGAUGUUGACUCCACUGAGGCAGUCAGCCAAUGCCUAAGCGGUAUCUUUUCAAGCUCUAUGUCAGUGGUUCUCAACCUGGAGUCCCCAGAUGUUUUUGGCCUUCAAUUCCCAGAAAUCCUAAAAGCUGGUAAACUGGCUGGGAUUUCUGGGAGUUGUAGGCCAAAAACAUCUCCGGACCCCAGGCUGGGAACCACUGCUCUAUGUAGACAGCUCACAAGAGUGAAUGCUAACUUCUCAAUUUUUUUAAAGGCAGGAAGGGAGUUACUAUGAAGGAAAAACUUAUGAAUCUUAUGAAUCCUGAUUACAUCUUGAAGUAUUGGCAGCCUAAAUUUACUACCUGGGCAAGGUUCAGCUCUCUGUCUGAUCUGGAAUCUAUGUGGAAUCCACUAUCAAUUAGAAAUUCUUCAUUUGGCAUGUCCUCCAAACAUACAAAAUCUUGGGUUAUUUGCUAGCUCUAGUUCGUUGACAUUCACUGAUAUUGUUUGUAAAAUAAUGUCAUCGUGGGCAACUGAGAGUUGAAGUGGCUUCAUAUUCUUGAUAAUAGCUGUCAAAAGCAAGUCUAGUAGUUCUACUUUCACAUGAAAGUUUCAUGAAACCCCUUCUGUCUACCUCUUGAAGAUAUUUCAUGUGGGAAAGUUUGUUAGGGAAGAUUAUUAUAUGGAUGGGUGUUUGCUUUUUGCACAAAAAUGCAUUUUCAUAUUUUAAAAAAACACGUUUAUUAAAUCUAAAUAAUGAGGUGCUUUUCAAAUACUGUACACUAAAGAGUUUCGGGUCAAGAUUUCCAGAGAAGCAUAAGACCUUGUAGCAGUGUGGCUAAUAUAGUUAAAAUUUUAAAUCUUUUUUUUCUCACAUGAAGGAGAUGUUUCAGCUUUGCUCAUUCAUACAAGGCGACCUUUCAAAAAACUUUAGGUUAUACAACACAGUUUUUCUACUAGCAGUUCUGGAAUUGUAUGAAAGCAAAAUUUAUCUCAUUGGAAAAGCAUUUCUAUUGUUGCAUUCAAAUUUAAUGUGACCUUGGGGGAGGGGAUGGGGAGCACUUGUUCUAUAUUUCUCUUUCACAUCAGCUCUUUUUAUAUGGUCCCUCAGUUCACAUUGUCAGUUCCAUUAUGUUGAAAGCACCUUAAUUUUAAGAUUUUGUUAUAAGAGUUAGGGAGCAGACUUCCUAUGCAAGUUUUCAUAGCACAGUUUUGAACUUGUUAGGCUAUCAUAGUCUUUUCACAUGCACAUGGGGUAUUUAUUUUUCCAAAGUAUGUUUUUUUCUCUCUCUCCUACAAAGUCAAGUUCUCCACCAGAUCUUGUGUAAGAGCAUUGGAGGUAGGAAACAAAAAUCUGUUUUGUGCCACAAAUAAAAGUAUAAUGCAGGUUAUUGAUCCAGAACAGUAGCAGAUUCUAGCUAUAGAUGCUUCUCUUUCACUGUGGUAUGGUCAGUAUCAAAAGCAAGGUAUGUUCAGUCUCUCUUUGUAUAUCUCUUUCUCUGUCACUAUUUAUAGACUACAACAAGAGGAGAGUGUAUUAUAUAUGGUAGUCUGGAUCCUUUGGAGACCCAUAAAGUGGUGGUGGGCCAUGUGCGCAUGGAUGUGGAUGUUCUUGCUGUGUUGUAGUCAACAGCUGAGCUGUUGACGUCACAAACAAGGAGAAUUACAGUAUAUCCAAGUUAGCUGCCUUCUGCACACAGAUCUGUGCCUGUCGUGCUCCCCCUGCUGGCACCUAUGAGCUUGACACAGGAAUUUUGGAUGUUAUGGAGUAAACCAUAGAACUAGUUGUUAAUUUUUUAUUGUGAGGGCCAGGAUUUGAGCCAAAGCAAUGAGAUUUUAAUCAGUUUUAUAAGCAGAAAUUUUAGAGCUAGAUAUUGGAGAAGACUUCCUCUCCUGAAAUUAGACCAGGUCUUCCAUAACAGAUUGGGGAGCAGGGAAUGAAUUGGUUUGCCUUGUUGUUCUGCCAGUUUUGUCAAACUACCUCAGGUCUUGCAUGCCUUUUCAUGUUUUGACUUAAAGCCUAGAUGCCUCCCUAGAGGAUUGCCACCAGACCGCCACCAUCACAGAAUCACACAAACGGCUUUUCUAGAUUAGUCAAUGCAAUUGCUGCAUGAUCUUCCCAGCCCUGUUUUGAGUAAAAUAUCACCUCCCAGCACAUAGUUGGAGUGCUUUUUAUGUUCCGCCAAAUGCCUUUCACUCAAAGUAUGAUCUUACAAGGUAAGCUUGCUUUGGAUUUUACAUUAAUAAACUGUACAAGUAGUCUGUUGUACAUUUUUUUAAAAAAAUACUUGUGAAAAUUAUACAAUUAAAGCAGAUAUUUGAACACA